UUUUAUGCCACUUCAGGAAGUGGACUUUGACUCUGGGAUAUACUGGCAGAAAGUCUUGGAUAUCGGCCCUUUUUUCACCAAGAGUCGCCCUGGAAUAUGAAAGCCAUCGAGGCGAAGACGAUCUAAAGACAGGAGUGAGAAACGACUGACAGAUCUGUGACUCCGCCCCCGCAGGAUGUACGGGAUCAGCAGGCCAUUCAGCUAUGACACCCCCGACUAUGGAGGCUCUCUGCAGUCAUACGGCCUCUCACGUGAGCUGCCCUCCUCACAGAGAUCCAGCAUGUCCAGACCCAGCGGCAAGUCCAUAUACAUGCAGAGGAAGGAGUACUCCGAGUCCAUAAACCGGCAACCAGAUAACUUUCAGUACAGAGUUGAGCACCUGUUCACCUGUGAGAUGGACGGGCAGGAGGUGCGGUCUCUGGAUGACUGCAUCGCCAGGCUCAAGGUGCUAGACUCAAAGGGACGAGUGUGGGGGCAGGAGAUGAUCCUGGAGGUGCGGGGGGGCAACCUGCAGCUGACCGACAUCGAGACGAAGGGAGAACUGGAGUCCCUGGCUCUGGGCAACAUCACACAGAUCAAGGCCAUCCUGGACAGCUGUGCGUACAACUCCCUCCUGACGAUCACCGUGAAGCAGUGGAGAGGGCCGGAGAGCAAAGUCUACAUGUUCCAGUGUGAGGAAGUCGGGGCAGAGAACAUCAAAAACGACCUGGAGAAAGCAGCGCAGUAUCCAAGAGAAGAUGUGGGUGAUCCUUACUGGAAAGACCAUAACAUCAGAGACAAUCUGGAAAACAUCAUCGGUCAGCAUGUUCCCGGAGGUUUCCAGAAACCCAGGCCUCCUGACAUGCAGCCUGACCAAUUUGGACCCCCUCCCAAUUACCCCCCGCCACAGUGGAACAACCCAGAAUAUGAUCAGCGGGGUAGCCCCCCUCCCCUGUACAUCCCCAGAGAGGAGCCAAGCUACCUCGCAGUGAUGCCCUCGUCCUGGCAAGAUGACCCCCCCAGGCAGGAAGGCCCCCCUAAACCCCAGUACACCAACACCCAGAGGAACGUGGAGAUCCUGAACCACAUUCUGAGCGACACAGAGCUCUUUGUGGAGAAAGUCACAGCAGCAAUGCCCAAAGAAAAUUCAAAGAAGAAGAGCAAAAAGAAAAACAAGGACCAAGGUAAUGCAAGUAUGCCGCCUCCAGAAGAAUUUGUCGAUUGCCUGAAGAAGAUUAAGUAUGGAUUCAAUCUUCUGGCCAAACUGAACGGUAUCCUCAACAACCCCAGUGCCCCAGACUUUGUACAUAUCCUCUUCUCCGUCCUGGAAUUUCUGGUGUCGCAGUGCCCCCGGGACGUCCCCCCCUCGGUCGUCGUGCCCCUGCUGGUGGAGCAGUCCCUGCAGUUCCUCAGCAAGGAGGUCACCCCGGAGGAGGACAAGCUCUGGAUCUCCCUGGGAGACACGUGGAACAUCCCCAGAUCAAAAUGGCCGAAUGGAGACCAGCUCCCGGCCUACAUCCCAACCUUCUCCGACGGCUGGCAGCCUCCGCCCCCGAGGAUGGCCCCGCCCGAAACCCGGCAGGCUCCUGGGAGGAGCAGCCAGCGCCCCGCCUCGGAGAGACCGGCCCAGAACGCACCUGAGCAGAAUUUCAGUCCGUGGAGUUCUCCCCCAGCACGCUCCAGUCAGAUGCUGCAGAUGCGUGUAAUUUAUGACUUCAUGGCGAGGAACCACCAGGAGCUGAGUGUCAUGAAGGGGGAUGUAGUGCAGGUCCUGGAUCAGUCGAGGCAGUGGUGGAAGGUCCAAAACCGCCGGGGCGAGAAGGGGCACGUGCCCCAGAACGUGCUGGAGCCCCUGGAUGGGGGAGGGGCCCCAGGGGGACCCCAGGGCCGGAACUCCCCCCCGCUGCUCAACAAAAUGUCCCGACCCGAGGAGGUCACGGCCUGGCUGGAGUACAAGGGCUUCUCCAAAAUGACGGUCCGGACCAUCGGUGCGCUGAACGGAGCGCUGCUCCUGGGCAUGUCGCGGGACGAGCUACGGGCCGUGUGUCCCGAGGAGGGGGGCAGGGUGUUCUUCCAGCUGCAGGCCGUCAAAUCCGCCCUGGCGCUGGCCAGCGAGAGUGGACACAACCAGUACAAUGGGCGUUAGGUACGAUCUGCGUGAGAGAGAGAGCGAGCAGCGGGGACAGGAGGCCGCGUCUCCACAAGAGCAGACGACCGGGUGCAAAAGUGACCAAAUGAAGGAAGAGAAUGCUCCACAUAACCCAACUGCACACUCCUCACCAAUCACAGACCAUCCCUGCUGCAUGUACACAAGCAAACUGCACACUCCUCACCAAUCACAGACCAUCCCUGCUGCAUGUCAUAGCUUACCCAUGCACAACCGUGUAAUUACCUGUAUCUUAUUUAUGUAGACAGAUCAUUAUUAACCAUAAACUAAGUUAAAGAAGCUGAAUAAUGCUGUGGAAAAUAUGUUGAGUUUGAAGAGCUAAGAAGAUAAAUCUGUCAAGAUAAAUCAUCCUCUUCACUGCCAUCUUCACUAUAGCCCAAAUGUGAUCAGUACGCUUGUAGAUUAACAAAUUCAUUUUCAGGUCUUGAAAGUGGAAUAAAUUUGCUUUUACUAUUAAAUAUAACUGAUUAUUUCCAGAA